AUGGAUAUUAUAACAGUUGUACACCCAAAUCCUUCAUCGCCAACUGGUAGUAGAAAUCCUCUACUGCCCAGAACAACAUCACCUCAGCAGACGCCGGCACAUAACAUUCGUCGUAAGGGAUCUUUCAUCAGGGCAAUCCCAGACUCUUCGGAAGAAUCUCCGCCAAGCACUGACAAUUCCAUAUUUGAAGCAUUUUUGUUUUCCAAUAGCAAUAGUGAAGACAGUGUACAUAAAUCUGAUACAUUACUACGCUCCAAACAAGCGACCUGCGAGGUUUUUCCAUCUAAUGACGAAAACAUGAAACAAACAUCAAUCUCUACUCAACCCGAAUCUACAACGACGGAGUUUCUCUAUGGCCAUGGUACGGUCCUAGAUACCAUAACGGAACAAAAGAGUUAUGGUACUAUGCGUAGUGUCACUCGUACCAAAUCAGCAGAUGAUAUAUCCACCAUUCGUAGCGUCGCCCGUACGAAAUCCGCAGAUGGCAUCUCUACUUCUCCACUUCUUGGUCAUCGUGACAGUUUUACUAUAGCCAAAAAUCGUCCUCGACACAAGCAAUCUUUCAGUCUUGACGACAUAUGGUGCAUUAAGGAUUCCUAUCACGACGCAUGUGCCAUGAUUGACCAAGCUGCCCGACGCAGAUUAUCCAUCCACGAAGUCUAUGCCAAGCCCAAAGAGCCUCUUCUUGCACCCCCAGAACGCCCUGAUACACCACCAGGAUGUCCCUCUUGGACUGAAGCACAAAGACCUGGUCCACGCCAGCAUUUAAUACCUCAUCAUACUCGUCUUCAAAGGCUUCUAAGAAUGCCGUCAUCGGGGCUCACACUUUCACCAACACCUGCGAGAUCUUUCUUCACCGGGAGGGUCGUGUCGGCUCCAGGACUCACAAGACUUCCUCCUCGUUUCAGAGCCCCAAGAAGUGUAUACUCAGCCAUCGAUACCCAUCCAUUCAGCAAUGCACCAGUCCAUAAAAUUGAUCCCGAACCACCAAUCGAAGCACCCCGUCCUAUUGUAGCCCCAAUCUUGAGCCAUCAUCCUCGAACCUCUUCACUUCCCUCGGCCACUCCACUAACAUUAACAAAUUCCAACGCUAAAGGCAAGGGAAAAUCCAAAUCCAAAUUCGCUCGUUUCACUCCCUCGGCCACUGCCCGCGACUCCGAAAUACUUAACUUACAACACGCAAUUGAAGCAACUAGCUCGACAGCUCUUCACCCAUUAGUCGAUCAUUCCAACUUUCAUUCUGUGCCGAUAAAGAUACCAAAAUGUCCGCAUAGAAAGGGAAGAAAAUAUGCUAUGAAUGAAGUGAAUCAGAGAUUCAAUUCACCAGUUGAUGCUUAUCAAGUUCCAAGAAGCAACCAGUACUUACCCCUUCCGUCUGUGGCACCUCUUCCUAAACUACAGAUGCCUAGCAUAAGGGGCUUACGAUCGAUGGGCGAUUCGGCUAUUUCGCUUCACGCUUCUACGUAUUCUGGAGAGAGACAUCCUACUUCGAUUGAUAUCAAUCAUGGCACUAACAGAGAUAACGAUGAAAUUCGCAGAGUAUCCCUCUCUCCCUCUCUCAUCAGCGACAUCAAUGCUGAAUUCCCAAAUACAAGUCGAGACGACGUCGAUCUUGGCAUCAUUGAUCUGGAACAUGAGAAUCGUACAAGUGUUUAUACAAGGUCUCCAGGUACACCGUUAGCAUCUCGAUCAGCAUCCGCAAAUACGAGUGCGAACACGAGCGGGUAUUUCAUGACUGGCGCAUUGCAUAUCCCGCAUGUAGAGAGGGGUGAACAACAAGCGCUCAAUGUGCCGAUUUUGACGGGAGCGAGAAUGAUGAAUGUAUGGAGUCCGAGUUUGAGAAUGGGUGGCGAUGGAUAUGGAACGGGGAUUUCGGAGGGGGAUUUGGCUAGUGUUGCCAGAGCUGAAGACAAAAAAGAUAUUGAUGAAAGUCUUUGUUGGAAAUGUAAAGUUAUAGGCGCGAAGAGAAAAGUGGAAGAUUGGAUAGAUAGAGGGGGUGAUUGGGUUUGUUUUGUUUGUUGUGGGGGGUGGGAGGAGGAGAGGGGAGAAGUGGCAGACCAGAGAGAGGCGGAGAGGAGGAGGAGAAUUGUUUUGGGGGGAGUACCGGGUGUGGGUAUUUAG